GUUGUGACUUUUUUUUUAACAGGCUCAGAACAAAGAAACGAAAGUGCUGGCUGCUGCAAAGGUGAUUGAUACAAAAUCAGAAGAAGAGCUUGAAGAUUACAUGGUAGAGAUCGAUAUUUUGGCAUCCUGUGACCAUCCUAACAUUGUUAAGCUCCUAGAUGCCUUCUACUAUGAAAACAAUCUGUGGAUCCUGAUCGAAUUUUGUGCAGGUGGAGCAGUAGAUGCAGUAAUGUUGGAGCUUGAAAGGCCAUUAACAGAGCCGCAGAUCAAAGUGGUGUGCAGGCAGACACUGGAAGCGUUGAACUACUUGCAUGAAAAUAAGAUCAUCCACAGAGAUCUAAAAGCUGGCAAUAUUCUUUUCACAUUGGAUGGAGACAUUAAACUAGCGGAUUUCGGAGUAUCAGCUAAGAACACAAGAACCAUACAAAGAAGAGAUUCUUUUAUCGGAACACCAUACUGGAUGGCUCCAGAAGUAGUAAUGUGUGAGACAUCUAAAGACAGGCCUUACGAUUACAAGGCUGACAUUUGGUCUCUUGGCAUUACUUUAAUUGAAAUGGCUCAAAUAGAGCCACCUCACCAUGAAUUGAAUCCAAUGCGAGUGCUCCUGAAAAUAGCAAAAUCUGAUCCACCUACAUUAGCACAGCCUUCUAAAUGGUCAUCGGAUUUUAAAGACUUUCUGAAGAAAUGUUUGGAAAAGAAUGUAGAUUUGAGGUGGAGUGCAACCCAACUCCUACAGCAUCCAUUUGUUACUGUUACUUCCAAUAAGCCAAUAAGAGAAUUGAUUGCAGAAGCUAAGGCAGAAGUUACGGAAGAAGUGGAAGAUGGUAAAGAUGAGGAUGAAGAAGAGGAAACAGACAAUUCUCUGCAGUUACCUGCAGACAAGCGUGCAUCUUCUGACCUUAGUAUUGCCAGCUCUGAAGAGGAUAAGCUCUCACAGAAUGCCUCUGUUCUGGAAUCACUUUCUGAGAAAACAGAAAGUAAUGCAAUUGAGGAGAAAAGCAACACUAUAUUUCCAGAUGGUAAAACAAUUGAAGAUGACUCUCAGGACAUUAAAGUUAGGAAAACAGCUGAAAGCAUACCUGAUGUUGUUGGUGGUGAUAUCAAAGUGCAGAAUGGUUCUGUGCCAACUGGUGAAGUUGAGGAAGGCAAAAUAUUGCCAGCUGAAAAGAAUACAGAAAGUCCGGAAGCAACAGCUGAAGAUGCAGAACCUCAGAAAGGAAGGAAAGAACUUGAUGCAGUAACAAUAUCAGAAAUAAAGGAUGAACACAACUUAAAAACGGAGAAAGAAAAUGACAUAGGAAAUGAACAAAGAGAGGAAAAUGAACUGAAAGUAGUUCCUAGAGUUGAUGACAGUGUAGAAACUGGAGAAGCCGUUUCUGAGGAAACUGGUGAAAAAGAAGAGGAAAUCAGAAUAGAUCUCCCAGAGAGUGAAAAUGAAAAGGUCACUGCAGAAAAUAUCAUAGAGCAAAAGGAAGAUGAAGACGAAGCUCAGAAAGAGACAAUAACAGAUGUCACUACAGACUCUGUACCUAGUGCUGAGGAUAAAGUGUCAGAUGAAGAAAAGGAACUCAUAAAGCAUGGAAUUGAAAACAUUAAGGAGAUAGGUGGUAUUGCUGAAACACAGAUCAGCGAUGGGGAUAAAAUACCUGAGACGUCGGAUAAGCCAGUGGAAAGUCAGGCUAAGCAGGUCCUUGAGAUAAUCAGCUCUGAAGAAACUCUAUCAGAAAGCCAAGAUAAAGAGAUCAAAGUGGAGGAGAAGCUGGCAGAAAGUGAAAAUGAGAAUAUCUGUAAAAUAAGUAGCAUGGAGGAAAUGGAGAGCAAAGACUCUGGAGAAGAUGAUGUAGGCCAGAAGGCAAAACAGGACAAGCCUGAGGAGAUUUCUCAUAAAAUGGUGGAUGAACAGACUGAGAUGGACCAGAAUCCAGAAGAGCACGGAGCUGAGAAUAUCCAGGAAAACAAUAUCCGAAUGGGCAAAGAGCAACCAGAAGUUUCUUCUGAUAAAAUAAUGAAGAACAAGCUUCAAGACACUACCAGCAAACAAGCUGAUGACUCUGAACUCACUCCAGUUCCCAGUAUUAGUAUUAGCACUGAAGAAAAUAAUGGGAAGGUCAAAAUAGAUAAUCAAGACAGUACUGAAACGUUACAGCAGCUAGAAUCUGAGAACCUGAAGGAAAAUGAUGCAGAUUCAGGCACGGGUUCUACUGCAGAUAACAGCAGCAUUGAUUUGAACUUGUCAAUUUCUAGUUUCCUCAGUAAAAACAAGGAGACAGGAUCAAUAUCUUUACAGGAAACCAGGAGACAGAAGAAAACUUUAAAGAAAACUCGGAAGUUUGUUGUUGAUGGAGUAGAAGUGAGUGUAACAACAUCCAAAAUAGUUACUGAAAAUGACUCCAAAAGUGAAGAAAUGAGAUUUCUGCGGCGUCAGGAGCUGAGAGAACUGAGGCUUCUUCAGAAAGAGGAGCAGAGAGCCCAACAGCAGCUCAGCAAUAAGCUCCUGCAACAGCGGGAACAGAUGUACAGGCGUUUUGAACAGGAAAUGACAAGUAAGAAGCGGCAGUACGACCAAGAAAUAGAGAAUCUGGAGAAGCAACAGAAGCAGACAAUAGAGCGCUUGGAGCAGGAGCACACAAAUCGGUUACGAGAUGAAGCGAAGCGCAUCAAAGCAGAGCAGGAGAAAGAGCUGUCCAAAUUCCAGAACAUGCUGAAGAACAAGAAGAAGGAGGUUUUUUGUGAAGUGGAGAAAGCACCAAAAGAGCUGAGAAAAGAGCUCCUGAAACGCAAGAAAGAGGAGCUUGCACAAAGCCAGCAUGCUCAGGAGCAGGAGUUUGUACAGAAGCAGCAACAAGAACUGGAUGCAUCUCUGAAGAAAAUUAUUCAGCAGCAAAAGACAGAACUAGCCACUAUUGAACGAGAUUGCCUCAACAGCAAACAGCAGCUCAUGAGAGCUCGCGAAGCUGCCAUCUGGGAGCUGGAGGAGCGACAUCUACAAGAGAAACACCAGCUCCUCAAACAGCAACUGAAGGAUCAGUACUUCAUGCAGAGGCAUCAGCUGCUUAAGAGGCAUGAAAAGGAAACAGAACAAAUGCAGAGAUACAACCAGCGCCUUAUUGAAGAGCUAAAGAACAAGCAAACUCAGGAAAGAGCCAGACUGCCUAAGAUCCAGCGAAGUGAAGCAAAGACUCGAAUGGCUAUGUUUAAGAAAAGUUUAAGAAUUAAUUCAUUAGCCUCUCCAGAUCAAGAUCGUGAAAAGAUUAAGCAGUUUGCAAUCCAAGAAGAAAAGAGACAGAAAAAUGAGAGACUGGCGCAGCAUCAGAAACAUGAAAAUCAAAUGCGGGACCUUCAGUUGCAGUGUGAAGCAAACAUCAGAGAACUGCAUCAGCUACAGAAUGAAAAAUGCCAUCUACUGGUUGAACACGAGACUCAGAAGCUCAAAGAACUAGAUGAAGAGCACAGCCAAGAACUGAAGGAAUGGAGAGAGAAACUGAGACCAAGAAAAAAGACGCUGGAAGAAGAAUUUGCCAGAAAACUGCAGGAACAGGAAGUUUUCUUUAAAAUGACUGGAGAAUCUGAAUGCCUUAACCCUUCAACACAAAGCCGGAUUUCCAAAUUCUACCCAAUCCCCAGCCUUCACUCAACUGGGUCGUAACUCUGGGAACUGCUGCAGGUUUUUCAUAUUUGGAAUUCUUCGUUUCUUCAUCCUUGUCGUCUAAUGUGAUCUAACUGCAGUGUGCAUUAAAGGACCUGGCACUUUUUGUUUUCUGUGGAGACAAUCAGUGUCAUGAUCACUUUUUUUUUUUUUUCUUUUAAACUUCUUUGAAUGGAAGAAAGGAGAAAAGGAGUUGCUGCAUAAUGGUAAUGUGACGUCCUGCAGAUGUUUCAAGAAUACGUGUUUUUUUUUAAUCUCGGUCUCAAAGUAAGUUAUCUAUGGUUUUGACUUUAAGAAAGUAAGUCUAGAACGAGAAUUAUAAUAUUUCUUAUCACAAAAAAAUGUUUAUGUGAAUUUUUAAACGGUGUAAUAUUAGUUCUGCUACUGUGUUUUCAAGUCUCAUUUCUACACAAGAGAAUUCCAGGACUGAAACUGCCCUGAGGGGUUUAAAAUGUUACAGUCUUGAGCAGUGUUCUCAGAGCAAGGACUGAAGCAGAUUACUCAGAGCAUGCCAAUAACCAAAAAAUGAACCCUUGUGCUUACAUGAUUGGUAACAGUGAAAGCCUUUGCAACUUUUUUAAAAGAGAAACCUCUGGCAUAAAUUAAAUUGAGCUGAUCUCCAUUGUGCGUUUUGUCCAUUAGUUCCAUAAUGAAAUGGGGUGCUAGUUUAAUAAAGACAGUGCCUGAAACACUUUGGUAUGCUAAUCCUGGUGACAGGGUGGUGUUUUGUCAUUUAAAAACAAAACAAAUACUCCAUUGCAUUGCUGUUACUGUACAAAACAGAAGAUUUCUUGCUGCUACUGCCAUUUUUGUUGUAAAUCCUCACCCUAAAAUAUUUUGCACUAAAAUACAUAAAGGUGAAAGAAAUGCUAACUUUAAAAUACAUGAUUUAUUAAUUUCCUUAUUUCCAACCUAUUACAGGUGAUUUUUUCUACAAAUGGAAAACCUGUAGAAUGUAUUUUUUAGAAAGCAAUGUGCAAAAUGCACGUGGUCUCUCUAACUGUACCUGUAAAGGGUAGAGUCAUCUUUCUGUUCUCACCAAAGCCUGUUUGUUUAAACUCCAUCAGAGCAUGGAGGUGGGUGGUCAUUUUUACAGGUAACCAUAGCAGAGUCUUGAUUUGAUUGCAAGUGUUAAGAGUUGGUUGUUUUGUUGUUGUUGCUUUAGUCAUUUUAUUUUAUAGAAAGAUUUAAGUUAAAUAUAUAGACAAAAUUCUUAAUGAAGCUGAGUUUUUUGUUGUUGGUUUUGUUGUUGUUUUUUUUUGCUUUUGUGUUGCCACAUACUAACAUAGAUGGUUUUUAUUUUUCAAGUUUAUAGAUGUACAAUAAGUUAUUUACCUGACUGAUCUGCAGUGAAAAAAGUCUGAAAUGUUUCUUAUAUAGCUGGUAGGGAAAUAAGUGUGUUAGGUCACUUUUACUGCACUCCUUUUGGUGGCAGUCAUAUCGAGACAGUACUGUAAGCUGUACUUUGGUAUGCCGUGUGAAAUUUGUAAAAUAGUAUUUACUUUGUUAUUUGAGGCCUAACUUCCUAUUCUCUUUGGGCAUCAACUGUAACAUUUGUUUUGCUAGCUCGCAUUAAAUGUGAAGCUGGUGAACGUGAUAUGGUGUUCAUUUCGUGGGAACAGCACUGAUGCAUGUGAAUGAACUCUUAGGUUAACAUAGGAUUUGAAUCAGAUACGGUUGAAAACUUGGAUGCUGAAAUCUUUGGAUGCUGAAGCUAUACUUUCUCAAUGAAGACACUUAACAUUUACAGCACAGUAUCAACAGUUGGAAAAUGCAUGUUUUAAUUUAAAUUUUGUAACUUUUGAUAGCAUAAUUACUUUAUUAGCUAGCCCUAAUUUCCGACAUUUUAUUAUAUAAAAGUGUAUUGUGUACCAUUGUAAAUUCACAUACCGUAUCUCUAGAACGUUAUCUAUUGCAAAAUGCAGUGUUCUUUAAGUUGUUUCUUCUGUAGGGUGAAAUAUGUCUCCGGCCUUCACUUUCUAAGCUCCGCUGUCAUAAAUUGACUUACUAAAAUCAGCAGGUAAUCUUCAUCUCUGUAUUUAAGAAUUUGUUUGCAGUUCUGUAUGCGGUAGGCUCAGUGACUUAUCUGAGGAGUAGACGUGGCAAGCAGGUCUCCCAUUCUGGGUUCUCUCUGCCUUUAUCAUCAUUAAAUUCUCAGAAAAAUGUUAAUCUUUUUACACUGCUGGCAGUCUCAGUGAUAACUUGUUAAUGGUGUAGCAGUUACCUCUGUCUAAAUCUUUAAUUUGAAGAUCCUUUUCAUACAAGCUCCUGCAAUCUGAUCUCAAGUGUAAAUUGUACAAACAAAUAACAGUUCUGUGGUGAAGGGAGGGACUGAAUGUAGUGAUUGCAGCUUUAUUGAGUCCUUGGUGAGGGCUGGAGUUGGAGGGCAGUUGCAGUCUUGUGAACUGUGCUGGGAUUGGAUGUCUGGUGUGAAAAUACAUUUAUUCUGGGAUAACAGGAGCUAACUUAGGUACUUACACACUUAGAUUGAUAAAGUUGUUGCCAGUAUUGUGCAAUGUAAAAGAGGAGGUGUAUGCUAUUAUGUCAAUGUCAGAAAAUCCAGUUCAAGUGAAUUUAGCCUCACAUAGGCCUGGCAGAGCUCUUCUGAGAUAUGAAAUCCAAUCUCUCUACUAUCAUAUCACAUAAUCCCUUUAAUAACCUUCAGAAGUUCAGUCUCAAAGGAAAUUGGGUGUAUUUUCCUUAGUCAGAACAACGUACUUGCUUGCUGAGUUCUUGGCACAUCUUGUUUUUCCUACAGGCCCUUCAGAAGACGAGCAAAUAUUGAUUUGUGAUCAACUUUGUUUUACUACACUGGCUGCUCUGAAAGUAAUGCCUGUCAUUAAUUUCCAUGGAAACUACAAGAGCUACAGCUCUAUUUGAUAAAGCAAAUUCUCAGAUACAAUGUACUAUUUUUCAAUAUAGUCACCCCCAUUAGCUUCAUUUACACCAGCAAUGACCAAGAGCCUGCAUGCCAUGCUUGUAAAAAAAUAAAAAUAAAAAUAAAUCUACAUGGCUGCCCACAACAGGGCUUGUCUUCCCUGUUGCUGGUGCCACUGCUGAAAUGCACCACCUCACUGUGCUCACAUCCACUGUUUGGUCUCCAUGAAUGUCACUGGGUGCCAAUUUUUCUGUAAGGAGGAACUCAGUGACACACUUUUGCUUCACCCACUCUUCCACAUCAGAUCCAUUCUCUCAGACUGCCCCUCUGCUGCCAUCCGUCACAUGGCAAUAAACUGUAAUGGAAUAUUGGUGGGAAGAUUUAACUUCUACUGCCAUCCCACCAACAACCACCUCUGACAUCAUGGAGCAACAUAAUAAAAUAGGAGGCAUUACUUUGAGAGCAGCUCUUGUACCUCAUAGCUGGGAAAAUGAAUAAUGGCAAUCAAGUGCAUGCAGUACAAUGCAGUGUAGUGGUUGUCCUCUUGUAUUUACAACUGAUUAAAAAAAAGUUGGCCAUCUUCUUGGCAAGCUCAUGGCCUCUGAUAGAUUCAGACUUCACAAUUUUUCUUCUUCAUCAUUAAAUUAGCUUUCUUGGGAUGAGGCCUUGUAAAUACAGGAGUUGGUGGCUAUGCCCCAAAAUCAAGCCAUGUUUCUGAGAGUAUUGGCUGAACUCUGACAGCUUUGGGCCCUAGCAGCCUCUUCCAGGGCCUGAUGAUCCUCUGGUGAGGAACCUUUCCCUGGUACUCAACCUGACUCUUCCCAACACAGAUCUGUGUAGUUUCCCCAUUUACUGGAGUUCAGCUGUUUGUGGCAUCCUAUAAUUCUCUGCCAAUGCAGUCCUUAGCAUUUGCAAUCCCGUCAUUUUACUUCAUGAUCUGUAUUUCUGGAUCUCAGAAAAACUUCCUUAUGUUGAUGUGUCCACACAUGUUCCUGUUCCCUGACUUCUAAUAGCAGCUUCAUAUCAGAUUCAGAAUAAUGCUUGGUGAAAAUUAACCUUAAUUCCCAGACAAGCUGAGGAUGCUCUGGACAUUUCUCAGUCUUACAAAAGAUGAGAACAGGUAAAGGGAAGGAAAAAGAAACUUCAUAGCAUUUGUCUAGCUAGGAAGGGGAUAUUGUUUGCAGACCUUUUAGUUCUCUAUCCCCUUCCUCUCACCUCAGUCCUCAUCCUUUCUGCAACUUUCUGUAACUACUGCACUACUGAAAGGGCAGCUGGGGACUCUGGAGAAAGGAGAAGAGCUCUUAAGUAAAAUGUGCUUAAAACCACCUAUUUCCACUCUGGUGAAAGCAGAAGGGAGGUACUGAGCCCUAAGAUGCUCUCAUUUCCCAAAAUCUCUUCCAGUUUCCAUGCUAGGUAGAGCCUCUUUCUUAUGGAUUAUCAGCUAGGCUGAGAAUGGUGGAAAGAACAGAAGCCAGAAGGAGAGAGCUGCUGAACUGUCAUACCCUCAGUCUGUAAGAAAGCCAAGCAGAGUGCUGUUGUGUAAUAAAACCUCAAAAUCCUGGGCAGCUCCAAGCUCAUGUUGUACCAGAAGUUUGUUGAAUGUUUUGUGUUAACAAACCAAGUCAUUUUGCCUUACAGGAAGCAACCAAAAAUCAUGAGCCAGAUGAAUAAUUGGCAAAGGAUCUCUGUAUCUUUAGCUCAUGGAAAUGAACUUGCAGUAGCAGCCAUACAACAGUUUUGGUUGUUUUUUUCUGUUGUUCUUGUUUUUAAAAUUAAUUUGAUUUCAUGGCUUUCUGUAGAAUAUUGUAAUAAUUCUGCUGUAAAUACAAUAAAAAUCACAAUUUGCUGA